AUGGCGCAUCCAUUGGUCUUCAUCACCGGUGCAACCGGUUUCCUUGGUAGUGCCACCGCGGUGGCCGCACUCAAAGCGGGAUAUCGAUUGCGAAUCUGUGUUCGAAAGCCCUCAGACGAAUUACAGAAUCUGCUGUCAGGAUAUAGCGAGCAAGUGGAAUUUGUUACUGUUGCCGAUUGGACAGCCGAAGGGGCAUUCAGAGGACUGUUGGAUGGAGCAGACUAUGUCAUCCAUCUCGCCCAUCCUAUUCCCAGUGGCCCUGAGAAGGAGUACUACUUCACUCCAGCUGUGAAAGCGACGACGGCCUUGCUCAGGGAGGCUGCUCGAGUACCGAGUAUCAAGAAGGUGGUGGUCACCUCGUCGAUCGCGGCCUUGAUGCCCCUGGACGGCAUACCGUCUGGGGGCGUCAUCAAAGAGGACAACGACUGGGACUUCGACGUUGACGAGACUGAAGACUUUGCAGCCUCUAACGACCCGCGAGGGAUACCUAUGCGGUUGUACCAUGCAUCCAAACUGCUCGCCAAUCAAACGGCAUGGGAAUUCCGGAAGACCGCCAAGCCGCCGUAUGCCCUGGUAACGCUCCAUCCUGCAUUUGUGUACGGACGCAACCCGGUGCAGACCACUGCUGAGGCGAUCCAGGAAUCGUCAAAUGGUCUCCUGUGGCAUGCUAUCAUGACCGGCGUCCCUCAUCACUCCUACUCCCGGGUUCCUGGUGUGCAUAUCGAUGAUGUGGUUGAAGCACACCUCAGGGCCCUGGAUCCAGCCAUCCCCGACGGGUCGAAGUAUCUGCUUGCAGCGAAGGGCGGGACCUGGAAAGAGGUGGCGGAUGUCAUUCAGCGGGACUAUUCAUACCUUGGGGCAAAGAUCACCCCGGACAUCGAGGAAGAGUUUCUCUCGACCGACAGUAGCAAAGCCGAAGCAGAGUUAGGGAUGCGCUGGCGCGCAUGGGAGCAGAUGGUGCGGGAUGUGGUCGACCAGCAACUGGAGUUUGCGAACGUUUGA